AUGCCAGCCGCGCCCAGUGGCUCGGAGACCACAGUGGUUCCGGAGCUCAGCGACAGCGAGAGCGUGAAAGGGACGUGCUCCUCAGGAUUUCCCUCACCACGCCCAGACACACCGGAGUGUGUGGACGGGCAGUGCAAGGUUUACGUUAAGGCCACCUUCCUCGAUGUGGAUGAGAGCCAGGGCCUCAUGCAGUGCUUCGCACAGCUGCGGGGUCGGACCAUGUCAGACUCGGCUGCCGUGAUCGCCUUCGACAUCGAGGAGGCCUACGCACCUGGAAAGUUCAGUGAGCAGCACGCCAGUGACUGCAUUGCGAAACCGACGACUGUAUGCGCUAAAGAGCCAGCCACCCAGCCGAAGUCGAACGUGUCGGACAGAACGACCGUCAUGCUUCGCAACAUCCCCAACAACUACACGCGAGAGAUGUUCCUUGCUCUCCUUGACGACAACGGCUUCGCUGGCCGCUACGACUUCGUUUACGUGCCUUGUGACUUCCGGCGCCAGGCGAACUUGGGCUACGCCUUCGUCAACCUCGUGGACGCUUCCGCCGUGGAUGCCGCCUGGGCCACCUUCGAUGGCUUUGCGGAUUGGGCGCUGCCGACCCAGAAG